AUGGGGCGAAGAAAGAUCGAAAUCAAGAAAAUCAACAACAAAAACAAGGUUAAGGUCACAUAUACGAAGCGACGACAAGGUUUGUUUCGAAAAGCAGUUGAGCUUUGUGAUAUGUGUGGUGCCGAAAUCGCCAUUCUUACUAUUUCACCCGGUGGAAAGUUCAGAAAUUUUGGCCACCCUGACGUUGACUCCAUCAUAGCUCGGUAUUGUGGUGAUGCGACUUCAGUUACCGUCAAUGAAAAUCAUGAUUGUGUUAGUCACGAAGAUGAUGAAGAAGAAGAAGAUGACGAAGAAGAAGAUUUAGAAGGCGAGCAAGAGAGGGAAUUAGAGGUUAGUACCUAUAAGGUUGAUGAGUCUAUUGAUAUAGGCUCGAUAGGCUCAUCCCACAAGGUCGGCGAGGAGAAGGAGCUUAUUAACCCUAUCGAGGAGAAGGAUCUCAUUAGUCAUAUCAAUAAAGAAAGAGAUGGGAGGAGCCUAAUGAAGUUUUCGUGGGAUAAGGAGGAGCCUAUUGAUCCAAAACUACUUCGGAUGUAUUAUCAUAGCCUAACAGAAUUGAGAAACAAUAUAGUUUGGGUGUUGAAUGAUAGGAACACGAGAGAAUCAUAUGCUAAGGACUAUAUAAAUAUGAUUGAUAUAAGUUAUGAUAUGUAA